GUCACUGAGGAGUACGGAGGUGUGUGAGCAGCCAGUCUGUUAUUCGUAACAUCACGGAUACAGAGUCGCAUAUACAUGUUGGAGAAUAAUUAGUUAUUGUUAGUGUCUACAAUAAUGUGAACAUGUGAAGAAAUGGGAGGAAGUGAGGUUGUGCCCUGCCACCAAUGUGGGGGAUACAAAGUCAAGGUGAGAAGCCGCACCUGGUUGACCUUGAGACGUCGGGGUAAGGUCACUCUACUGAUAACACUUCUGACCGUGACCUUGGUGAUAGCGUUCAAGUUUCGCCGCUGCUACUCCACACACCGGUCGCCCUAUCAGAGAUCGCCUAGGCUACAGUAUGACAGAAUGCUACCAUUGAUAUUUCUCGGGGGCGUGCCUGGGUCUGGAUCAUCGCUUCUCAAACUUUAUCUUGACGACCAUCCUGACAUAAGAUGCCGCAGUGAGACAAGGAUCAUCCCACGGGUCUUGAGGAUGUACAAGCACUGGACCGCCGACCACAAGGAACACUCGAGGCUCGAGGAAGCAGGCGUUACUGCAGAGGUGCUACAAUCAGCAGUUUCCUCAUUGCUGCUAGAUGUGCUAGUCCUCAGCGGAGAGCUCUCCCCGCAUCUCUGCAGUCAGGAUCCUCUCACACUUCAUCAUGCCCUCCACCUCUCACAGAUCUUCCCUCGGGCCAGGUUCCUGUGGGUCGUCAGGGACGGCAGAGCUCUCGUCCAUUCUCUAAUUUCCCGGCAGUUACAAGCCAGGGGAUGGAGUUUCAAAAGCAUGGAUCCAGAUAUGGAGGGUAACCUGAGAGACCUGACCUCUACUAUGAUGGAACAGUGGAACAACGCGACGAUGUCUAUGCUGGACCAGUGUCGCCAGGUCGGUCCAGAACGCUGUAGAGCGGUCAGCUACGAGCAGCUCUUGCUGAGACCACGGUCUGUGUUGCGAGAGAUACUGGCGUAUCUAGAUGUCACUUGGGACGAUAAUGUCUUAAAGUCUAACACCGAUAGGAAAUCCAGGUCCCAGGCGGAUCAGAGUUUCCUCACCAGUUGGCAGGACGAGUUACCCGCUGAUCUCCUCCAGGACCUUCCUCGCUUGGCCCCUGCGCUGGACCAACUAGGGUUCAACCCCACAGACUAUCUGACACUAACCUCCCCGAACCUGGCAAACCUUUUUAUAGCUGUAAAUAGAACACGAGAUCAACUUUGAUUCCCUUCUGGAUGUUUACGGAAAUACAUUUUAACAGUGAGUUUCACAGUUUCACCCAAUCCAAUAAACUUUGGAGUUAGUUGAAAAAAAUAUCUGACGUAGCUAACUAAUUUUAACAUUCGUACAAUUUUAUUAAAUGUUGAACUACACUUCUGUUUUUCUAGUCAUAACCAUUAUGUACCAUUGUUCUCAAUCAGAAACCUUUCGAUCUAUAACUUGUGUUUUAACUCUAAAAAUUAAGAAAUCAAAUUUACAGUAGUUUUCAUCUUUUUUUUGUUUUACAACGCUGAGUAUUUUGUUUAUUCGUGCCAAAUAAACUCUAUGAAGCUUUUUAUUUCUUAGUUAACUCUAUAAACUAACUUCAUUUUAGGGUAUCGUUUGGUUAAUUUAUAAACUCUUCUGAACCAAAGAUGACGGUAACAGUAAGCAAACGUAGCUGCUUACCAACAUUUCUUAAAUUCGUCGUUUGAAAAUAAUUUACUUCGAAAUACGUAAUUCAAAGACUGUAAGUAGAAAUUUCUUAACGAUAUGUCUUUGUAAAACCUGUACCCUUAUUGUUACUUGAAUGUAAUUUUUGUAGUUAUUAUUUGAAUAAAGACAUUAUAACCAUUUUAAA